AUCAAUAAUCCUCAGCCUCUCGGCGACUGAAACAUUCCUUAGAUCAGCGGAGGGGAGGACAGGACUUCAUGUUAUUCUUCAAUUAAGUCAAUGUCCCAGAGCGAGAGGAGGAUCCUCUACGGGUUUCCAUCACGGCCCUGAGACCUCUUCUCCUUCCCUAUCGGCCACUCUGUCAUCUGCCAACAGAAUGUGCUGCCCUCCCAACUCCAGGACCUUCCCCAGGAAGCAUGUGAGAGGUCUUAAAGGCGAUCCAGGGAUAGGAUGGGCGCAGAACGGGUUGUUCCACAGGCAUCAGACAUCCAUCAGAAGCAAACAAGCCAGUCAUCCUUAUGGCCGAGCAGGAACCACAAGGCUAGUCUGUAGAUAAACCACAAGGCUAGUCUGGCAUGAGAUCUCAAAGAUAGUUAGCACUAGUUAAGACACUGCUGACUAGUGCCGACCACUAAUGGGUGUAUCUGAUAGAUAAAGGCUGUCUUUAUAGGGUUAGUCAGUCAGAUAUUUGUUUUAACAAUCAGGAGACAAGAUACUUUUAUUAAACGUGAACCGAUUCCAGGGGAAAAUGCACAUAAAAAGACAAAGAAAUAUAAAGACAUGAGCCUUACUGGACAAGACGCAUCCAUGGAAAGACACAACAGAGAGAGGCAGAACACCUAGCAAUAGUUACUGAUAACCAGGUAGAGGCCUUGAGGAGGGUACAGCGUGUCUACUCACAGCAGAAGCAAAGCCAUAUCUCUUAAAAUUGGGAGUUUCACUACCCUCUGAGCUUACGGAUAUAGUCAUUUAAAUUGCUUAUUACCUAUAAUAUGAACAUUAUGUAUUUCGUGUUACAUAUAUUACUUAUAUUUUCAACUAUGGCUUUUCCUUCAAAAUUCUUCAAAUGACAACAAGUGUCUUUGCAGCGCCCCCUUGAGGGUCAAAAAAAUGACACAUUUUACGUCUGCCCGGGCUCCCCAGGCUGCGCGUGAUUAAGAGCCAGAGCAUCACACGUGACGUUAGACUUCGUAGAGCUGUGAGCGAUAUACUCGGACCAUUCGUGUAAAUAAAGAAUAUCACUACGAUGAAAUGUCAGAGUAAUUCUAUAAAGCAGUAAGAAAUUGAGCGCUGCGUAUACUAUGAAACACACUGAGCCGUAUAUUUUAAAAACAAAACGCAUACAGGAGUGAAAAUAGUUACUGACAUUGAAACCGGCGUCGUACACGCGGUAUUUGCAGUCACGCCACACACAGAAUUUACAUACACAGACACAACCACGGAGAUGCAGAGAGAUACACGCACAGUAAAAGUUACAAUCACACACACAAAGAAACACAGGCAGUCAGAUUCACAGUCAGACUGGCACACACACACACACACACACACACAAAGCAGCGGGCUGCGUCUCCGCAUGGUGGAAAGACGAAGAAAAGGCAGUCUGGAGAAAACCAUGGUAACGGAGCAGAGUGCCGGGGGGGCCAUGAGAGUGCGUGCUGACCUGUCCCACGGCUGAGUGGAGGGUCCAUGUGGGAGAGACGAGUCCGGAGUGGGGGUAGGGGAGGCAAAGGGUUUGGAAUAGGGUGGGAGCGCGGCCGUCCCACGUCUACCAGUACCACCUUGCACUUGCCGUUUCAUUACGGGGUAUAUUUAUUAAUUUAACAAUCAUUUUCAUUCAAAAACACCACUGGAAUUAAGAGACGGGCUUAGGAGCUGUGUGUGAAGUGGCCAGUCAGCCCUUCAAAGGGCACGUCAUGUGUCUGACAGAUUUAUGUCCCCAUACCGAGUGGCCGCCGAAGAACCACUGAAGGCAAAGUUCAUCAAUCAGGACAGCGUCUGCGAGGUUGUGCCGCCAGAAUUGAAUUUUCUGUUUUAUAAUUUAUUACAUUUAUAAUUGGGAAAAAAAUACCACUAGUAGAAAAUUUUGCACUUAAGUUCUUGAGGAUAAACGACUGCAUUGUUUCUAAAGCACUAAAGAGAUCGGUCUGUGCUAUAUCAAUGUGAUUUGUUACUGUCUGUUUCCCAGGCAUGCAGGUACAAAUCCGCCUCUCCAAGACUUAAUUCUUCUCAACCUUUAAAGUACUUAAUUUCCACCCGGCUGUUUGUUUGCUUUUCAUUAACCGGAUUACAGUCGAAUCAGGAACCCGGAUUACUUUAAAAGACAAAAGACAUACCGAAAUUACGUUAAUGCACGGCCACACAAAAGGUUUCAUCAGCAAAUGAUGAUCGGAAAGACCACCCUCCCCCAUCAUUAUAUGCUCUUGAUAUAUAUACACGUAUAUAUUUUUAUUAGCCUAAAUUGUACAAAUUCAUACACAAUGAGGAAAAAAAGCAGAGAAUCAGGUGCGCGAUUUCACCAGACUGAAGCUUGGCUUUACACGCAUCGUUAGUCAGCGUCAGGUGUCCUCGGGUAUUCCAGUAUAAGGCUGAGGACCCGAGUACGUCUUGCCCCCAGUCUCAGUGCCUACGUGACAAGUGCAGUCGCCUGGUUGGUGGAAGCUGCUCUUGCGGCCGCACCUUUGCGUUCACACAGAACGGCGAAUUGCUGCCCAUUGUGCGCUCCCCGACAGCCCCCCGAGCCCCGCCGGUUUUUGCCGUCUAAGGAGGGUCCGCAGGAAAGUCUGCAAUUCCGUGCAGAUCGGAAGCACUAAUUUUCCAUCAGUCACGCGGAGUUUUGCUUGACGGGCAGCGUCUCUUCAAAAGGGCUGAUACAUGAAAUGCGGGAUUUUAUUUUUUACUGUCAUGCGGAUUUCGGCGCUCUGAAGAGCAGAGGAUUUUGACGAGGAUUAAAAAGUGACGCGCAGUUUGGAUCCCCCCCUCCCCGUUAUUGGACGACUUUGAUCUGUGUAAGGAGCAGUUGGAGGAACGCAACAGAAACACUUUCUCUCCCCCAGAUACCCCUUCUCCCGGUGCGGGGCGAAAUGGAGUUUAUGUAGCUGCGGAUAUUCCUCAACGCCCCUUGAGAAACCUACAAUAUCAGUGCGAAUAGCAUUGCUUGACGGAGACAGAUUUGCCGGAGCGACCUUCGCCUUUGGAGUAAUAAUCAUGAACUUAGUUGUGAAUUUGAUACUGGAACUGUUUCUGGCGGCGCUUCACUUGUCUUUCCUGAAGGCUGCCCACAUACCAAAGGACAGAGAGAAGAGCAAAAAUGAAGUUGUUCCCUUCAUGGAUGUGUUCAAUAAAAGUCUGUGUCAACCAAGAGAAGUGUUGGUGGACAUCUUCCAAGAGUACCCAGAUGAGACAGAGGUGACAUACAUCCCAUCCUGCGUCGCCCUCAUCCGCUGUGGGGGCUGCUGCAACGACGAGGCGAUGGAGUGCGUUCCCACGGAAACCUUUAACACCACCAUGGAGGUCAUCAGAAUAAAGCAGCGGGUGCAACAGCAGAAGUUCCUGAGAAGUUUCACGGAACAUCGAAAGUGUGAGUGCAGACCAAAGACUGAUGUGAAAGAGAACAAGGAAAACCACUGUGCCCCUUGCUCAGAGAAAAGGAGGCGCUACUUUGUGCAGGACCCCCUCACCUGUCAGUGUUCCUGCAAAAACUCAGAGUUAGACUGCAAGGCCAGGAGUCUUGAGUUAAACCAAAGAACGUGCAGAUGUGAGAAACCUAGGAGAUGAAAGUGGACGAAGAGGAUACAAAAAUGAAGGAAUUUUCUAUACAGCACUUUUGAUGUAAGAACUAAACAUUUUUGGCUGCGUGCGGAUGGACUCCAGCGUGAAAAAUGAGAGCCCAUCGUUUGUGUGCCUGUGUGUGUACAGAACACUGUCACACACACGUGCACAAGAGACAUUGAAUCGCUGCUAUGAACGGCAUGAACGCAGACCAGCACCCAACCCUGCAGCUGACCAGCGGUUGGCAGUUCUGAAAUGUGUUUAAUGCAUCACUCCACUGGAUAUGGACCUGGGACGUUUGGCAAGCUGACCAGAGGCGGUCGG